GGUUAUGUAUGUUUUCAAAAUUUAAAUCCACAAAACUUUAUUAAAUUAAAAAACUUUUGGGUUUUCCUAAAUGAUUCUCUUGAAAUGAUAUUCAGAAACCUAUUUUCGAUAUCCUUCAACAAAACCGCACAUAGAAAACUAAAAUUAGCAAAAAGUAGUUUAGAUAUAUUUUGCGAAAGAUUCUAUUGUGACUCAAAAAAGGACAUAGAUUUUACCCAAAUACCCGUAGAACGAAUAAGAAACUUUAGUAUAAUCGCCCAUGUAGACCAUGGUAAAAGUACCUUGGCUGAUAGAUUACUUGAACACACAGGAGCCAUAAAACCGGGAGGACAAAACCAAAUUUUGGAUAAAUUACAAGUAGAACGAGAAAGAGGCAUCACAGUAAAAGCUCAAACGGCCUCACUGUUUUACGAGUACAACAACGAGCAAUAUUUAUUAAAUUUAAUUGAUACUCCUGGACAUGUUGAUUUCUCCAACGAGGUCUCACGCUCCCUAUCAGCUUGUCAAGGCGUUAUUCUUUUGGUAGAUUCAAAUGAUGGCGUACAAGCCCAAACAGUGGCAAAUUUUUAUUUGGCUUUCGGUAAUGACUUAGUUAUUAUACCAGUUUUGAAUAAAAUUGAUUUGAAAAAUGCUGAUCCGGCCAAAGUAACUCAGCAGCUACAAAGUUUAUUUGAUAUACAAGCUGACGAAGUUUUAAAGAUAUCAGCAAAGUUAGGUAUUGGAAUAGAUUCAGUUUUAGAAGCCAUAGUAACUCGUCUACCUUCUCCCAAAGUGGCAAGGAAUGGCCCUUUAAAAGCUCUCCUAUUUGAUAGUUCUUAUGAUAAAUACAGAGGUGUAUUAUCGUUAAUUUUUGUCAAACAAGGUAGCCUUAAAGUAGGAGAAAAUAUACAAUCUUGUUACACACAAAAACAAUACGAAGUUAAAACUUUGUCAUUGCUAAGACCUCAGGAACAACCUGUUGAACAGCUAGUUGCAGGUCAAAUUGGUUUGGUCGGUUGUAAUAUGCGUUCGAGCCAAGAGGCUCUCGUUGGAGACACAAUCCAUUUAUUCGGACAAAAAGUUGAGGCGUUGCCCGGUUUUCAACCGAUAAGGCCAAUGGUUUUUGCAGGAAUCUACCCUAUGGAUCAGUCGCAACAUGUUAAUUUAAGAAGUGCCAUUGAAAAGUUGACUUUAAAUGAUUCUGCAGUGAGCGUGGAAAUUGAUUCAAGUCCAGCUUUGGGUCAAGGUUGGAGGUUGGGCUUUUUAGGCCUCCUACAUCUUGAAGUGUUUUCUCAACGGCUCAAUCAAGAAUACGGGGCUGAGCCUAUUAUUACUGCCCCAUCCGUUAUCUAUAAAGUCAAAUUAAAACCCACAAAACAAAAUGUGAAAGAAGGCAAAGACGUUAUUACCAUUAAUAAUCCUGCUUUGUGGCCAGAACCUCAACAGAUUGAAGAAAGUUUUGAACCUAUGGUUAUCGGUACUAUAAUAACUCCAGACAAAUAUUUGGGCCCAAUAAUGUCCCUGUGUAUGGAAAGAAGAGGAGUACAAAGAAAUGCCACCAACAUUGACAACGACAGAAUCAUGUUGCAGUACGACUUGCCUCUUUGUGAAAUUGUAAUUGAUUUCCAUGAUAUGUUAAAGACAAUCAGUUCGGGAUAUGCUAGUUUCGAUUACGAAGAUAAUGGAUAUGUUAGCAGUAAUUUAGUGAAGAUGGGAGUUUUGUUGAAUAACGUAGCAGUGGAAGAGUUGAGCAGCAUCGUUCACAUAACUAAGUCUCAAACCAUGGGUAAAAAAUUGGUUUUGAGAUUAAAAGAAAUUAUUCCUAGACAAAUGAUUAAUAUUGCUGUGCAAGCAGUAGUUGGAGGUAAAGUUUUAGCUAGGCAAGAUAUCAAGGCGUAUAGGAAGGAUGUUACACAAUGGCUGUAUGGAGGUGACGUAACUAGAAGAAAGAAGCUCUUAGCCCAACAAGCUGCCGGAAAGAAGAAAAUGCGAAUGAUUGCUAAUAUCUCAGUGCCACGAGAGACUUUUAUAGAUGUUUUGAAAAAAUAAGAACCAAUUAUUAUGUAGGUAAAAAUAAAACAAAACAAGCGUUUUUGGUAAUUUCAUUUUAUUUACCUUUGAAAAUUAUACAAUAUAAAGGUGUCUUGUAUGGUCUAUAUGUAUAUACAAAGUUCCUAUAAAACUACUAAUACAAAAGAGAAAGAUUCAGAUAUUUAUAAUAGAAAACUGUGUAUACGUUUUUUUUUUUUUUUUAUUGAACAAUAAAUAAAUAGCAUUGUUAGCCCUAUACCCGGCUCAUCAUUGUCCUAAAAUCGAUUUCCUAGUGCAUAUUCGAAUGUUUUCCUAAAAUUUUUUCCAUUCUUAAAAAGUUGCAAUAGUCAUUAAAACAAACACUGAAUAUAGUGAAAUAAGACAGAAAAAUCCUUAAAUACCCACAAUACAAAAGUUUUUCUAAGCAUGCCCUGCAGUAACACUAACCAACACACAAGAAUCGCUACUGCUGGCAUCAUUUUCAAUAAUAACCACAUCAUCCGAAUCAUUAUUGUCAAUUUUUACCUUUUUCACGCAGCCACAAUAGUCUUCGUCACAUACUGCAGAGUCUGAGCUGGAACCAGACGUUGAAUCAGAAUCGCUUUCCGAGCCGCUGCUAGAACCGUCAGAGUAGCUUUCAUAAUUUCCGAUUUUAAUUUCGUCAUAGCACAUAGUGUUUAUAGGUAAAUUGUUUAGUUCUGUUGGAGUGUAAUCUUGGUAAUAGUCAGUAAAUUGGCCCGGUACUAAAGCUACAGGAUAAUGACCGAUUUUUCUGGUUUGUGCAGGUUUCAUUCUUGAUUUGGGAUAAUGGACUGUCAAAGUUUGAAGGUCCAUAUGGGCUCUUCGUUGUUCUCUACGUGCUUUAUUGAAUUGUUUGUUCCAAGCAGCUGCCGAUUGUACAGCUUGUUCCAAAAUGUCCAGCUUAUCGAAUCCAGGCUUCAAUACAAAUUGAUUCAAUGCUUUUUGUUUGUUUAUUAACUCUCUAGCUUGUCUUUCUCGUUGACACUUGCAAUAAUCUUCGAAUUUAUCUUGAAAAUCUGUAUACAUUAUAUCCAAAAUAUCUUGCGCUAUAACGGCUGUUAGACCCAAAUCGCAUUGCGUUUCCGUAACUAAAUUGCAAUCUUUCAAGUAGUCCCUUUCUUGCAUAUCCACCUGUCGCCUAGUAAUAUUCGGAUAUUUCCUUUUGAAGGAUUUUAUACCCAAAUAUUGGGCCACUUGUUCUUGUAUCAUAAACGGCCCUUGACUAUUCCAAGAAUAUUCGGCCAGCUGCUCAGCCGUAAGCGACUCCAAGUCUUGAAACACUUCCAUUUUCGGAGCUUUCGAACUUCUGGAUUUGCCUCCUUCCGUGCCCAUACUUCCUUGCGAAUCUUCUACCAUAAUAUCUGGAGGUGCUAUCGCUUGUUUUGCUGGAGUUUGUGAUCUACUAGAACCUGC